AUGCGGAGGGUGCGGGCGGCCUGCGUGCCGGCGGCGAACCUGCACUGCUCCGCGAGGGCCCUGGCGCGCUUCUACGCGGGCCUCCCCGGGCUGCUGGGCGCGCGGGCGCUGCGGGCCGCGGGCGCGCGGGGGCCCGCCGCGGGCGGGCCUGGGCCUCGGGGCGUGCCCCGGAUGCUGCUGGACGAGACUCCGGGGGCGGCCUUCGGCCUGGGGAUGCGCGUGCUGGACUGCCCCUCGGCGCGCGGCGGGGAGCCGGCCAGGGGGCUCGGCCACGCGGGCCUCGGGGGCUCCUUCGGCCUGGCGCUGCCCGAGCUCGGGCUCGGGAUCGCGGUGGCCACCAACCGUCUGGAGUUUGGCGGGCGGUCGGUUCCCCGGGAGGUGCUGUCGCUGAUCUGCCAGGAGUUCGGUCUUCUACCUCCAGAGCGUCUCUAG